CGACAAUGCGCUCAAAACGUUCAAAACAUGGAAGAGGAAGAAGAAGGAGAUGAAGCUUUAUUUCGAUAUUUUGCAAAGCUUCCAUGGAACAAACAUAUUCCUCAAGAUGAAGAGGAAAGAGCCAAAUUCUACGAUGUGACCUUCGAGGAUGAAAAAGAUAUUUUCUACGCUCACUUGAAUGAGAUUGACCAAGGCAUCGCUGAAAUGGUAGAUCAAGAAACAAAAUUUUCACAACCGAAGUUCAUCUAUAUCGAUCCACGGAACGGUCGGGAAGCGAAAUUUGCUGAAAUUUGGAUUGAAGAAUGUCUUAAACCGCCGUGGUUGUACAAAGGAUUUCCCACAAAAUCAACGUUGACAGCGGCGGAACAUGCAGUUUGUAUCAAAGCAUUGAGGGGAGACACGAGCGAAGAAAUUUUGCAACAAUACGAAAGUUUAAAAGAAAAAAUCGCGGAAGAGCGUAAAAAGUACAACGAAUUCGUGAAAAGUUAUUUCAUGACAAACAGCAUGCGUCGUAAGAAGGAAAUCGAUCCACAUUUGAGUGAACUCUUUGCUGGCAAAUGGAAACGUGAAGUUGAGUGCUUCAAGGAAAUACGAGUGGAUCUUUUGAGUCAAAGUUUUUCAUUGGCAACAGCGAUUCCGUUGAAAUUCGUACAAUUAAACAGCAUUUCUGUGACUGUCAGUACUCAAAAAGCUGCAAAACCCAGUCCAAAGACACUUUUUUCUCACGACGUCAUUAAACAAAGGAUCAAAGGUGCUCCAUACCAUCUCGAAAAGUACUAUGAAGCAUUAGAUCCACACCUCAGUGUUAGUGAAACUGAUCCAGUGCCUGAAAAUUUCGAUGCCUCGCUUCCAAUUUCGUCAGUUGUGUAUUUGAUGCAAGGAUAUUACGACGAAUCUGACGAUUGGAUGCUUCCAAUAACAAUUUCCGACGAUGGAUUGCGAACGCAAAUUAAAAUAGACCGAAAUUUGCCAUCAAUUAAGCUGGGAUCCAUUUAUCGGAAUAGCAAUAUUGCCUUAGAUGUUGUGAGAGCAAGUUUUAUCUUCAAUGGAAUGCGAACGAGUGAUCCGGAGGAAGAGGUUUCAACAAAAAUGAGUGAAAAGUCUUAUGAAAUUAAGAAAUUUGAGCAAUUUAUCGAAGAAUUUAGCAAAAAAGUGGCAAUUAAUGACAAAAAAGAUGACUCUCAAGUCUUACACGCAGUCGAAAUGACAUCAAAUAACAACGAUACGCUUUCAAUAAUGCUCUCCUGCCAACCUGAUGUCGUAUUGGACAAUAAAAUUGUGAUAUUUUCCCCGAAAUUGGAAUACCAACCUGAAUUUGGCGAGGAACAAAUGACCGAACACGAGCUGAUACGAGAAUACGUUCACUUAAAAUUCAUGAAUAAUGUUGUCGUCAAAAGAAUUCGUCUACAUUUCGCUAAUUACUGGAUUUAUUCCGUUCGUGAUAUUACCUUAGACACGGUUGUUGCCGAUUUACAUCGUUUGUAUCAAAUACAAGAAGCUGACUUGCUCACUUCGUUUUUCCAGUUGAUCUCAAUGCUCAAAGCUUUUCCUCCGGCAAGGUAUUUAGGCAAGCACGACCCUUCCAAGAAGGAAAAAAUUCUCAUUUAUCAGCAACAAGACAAAGAAAACCCAAAUUGUAUCAAUCUCGGGAAGAUUUUUUCGGAUAUAAACUUCAGUGCGAAUUCAUUAGAUGAGCUUUCAUGGACUCCAAUUGAUGUCGAACGAGUUGCUGAGAUACAUAUCAGAAGUAAAGUCGCCCCAGGUCUAUUUCCAUUUUAUGGAAAACAUUUCCGGAAAGAGAUUAAAGACAUAAAAAAACUUCCUAAACCAACAAAUGCGAAAAUUGACCUUUUAAAAUCGGGUACAAAGAAAAAGAAGAAGAAAAAAAAGAACAAAAAGAAGAAAUCAGUAGCAAAAACCGUCUCAACCGAAGAGAGUUUCGAUCCAACGGAGCUCUUUGACGCAUCCGGAAACAUAAAUAUCUUCAGUAUUUUACAACCAAAGCCAGGCACGAGUAAAUCAAGUGAACAACAAAUGCCAGAAAUGACUCCAAAAAAGAGAAGUCCCGAAGAAAAUUUAUUAAAAACACCUGAUUCAGUGAAAAAACGAAUCUUAGACUCCCCUUCUCCGACACAAAGUUCGCUUGAAACAACUCCAGAAAUGGGCAUCCAAAGACUAAAUUUGAAGAAAAACGACGAUUCGGAUGAAAAUUCGCCAUGCAGCAAUGAUCGAAUCUUACGAAAUCGAACGAUAUCGAUUUCAGAUGCAAACAAAUAAAAAGCAAUUUAUUUUAUUUAAUUGUGUUUUUUAUUAUCCUUUUUGCUUUAAAAUAAACUUUUGUAUGUAUUUAUAAUUGUUACAAAGAAGAAAGUCAAAUCAGGAAUUAGAGGGAAAGUCUUAUAUUAUUAGCUUUUUUUUAUGUUUAACUCAUAGACCUUUGUAAGUAGAUUGCACUUUUGAUUAUUUUUUAAGAUUAUUAUUUGACUAUAUAAAAAACCUCCUGAACUAAAUAUUUUUAAAAUGUAUAUAAAUUAAGAUGCGCCUUGCUCUACUUUACUUAUCUACCGUUACAUUUUUCUAUCUAAAUGAAUAUUAUGAAAAAAAUAUAAGUACAAAUCCCUUUUAUUCCUUGAUUUUUUUUUUGCAUUUUUAUUGGGUUUGUGGCUCGACGUUAAGCAAACCACAAACAAGCUGGCCUUUAUACAAAUACUAUUUUAAAGUACAUUUGGUUCGUAAGUCAUAUAUUUUCCAUGUUAACCGUGUUAUUGUGUGUCUAACCAACGACCUGAUAAUAAUAUUACAAUAUUUAAACUAAAUUAAAGCUUAAUUCGACUAAAAGUUCAAAAGAAGAAACACUUCAAACAAAAGAUUUUUUCCUUGUUUUCUAAUUUUUUUAUAUAUUAAUUAGGUAAAUAACAAUUUAAUUACUUAACAUUUCUUAUAUACGGGACUUAGUAAAUAAUUUCUAAAUAAAAAAAGUCUCUUUUUUCUUCGUACAAGUACAAGUGAAUUGCUUAACAUAUAAUUUUUAGCGUUAAAUUUAGGCUAUAUUCGUAAAUAUUUUGAAUUUUUGGAAUUUUAGAAAAAUAUUUUAAUCCCUUCUUCGCUCAUAUCGCAUGCACAAACAAAAAUUUAAACAACAAAUUAUUACUAAUUUUAUCAUAAGCUUCAUUAAUCUUAGUCUUUUUACAAAA